GCUGAGAUACCGCGAAUUGCAACUCCGAGACCUGGCUAACCUCUGAAUUGAAGGAGCAGUCGUUUCGGGUGGGUGCAGGCAGGGCGCUGAGAGGAAUCGGCCGUGGGGACAACUCUGGACCACAUUUCCCAGAGGGCCUAGCGGCCUGUCACUCUUCUCGCGGGAGCUCGAAAUUUUCAUCACGACUGGCGGGACCGUUAGAUCCGUGAGGCCAGAGAUCGUGGGCCCCUGGGGACCUAGUUCAACUCUGCAGGUUCGGACCCCGGGGGACCCGAAAGGUCUAAACUGAAGAGACAGGAGACCGAUACGGAGCUUCUGUGCUGGCGGAAUGGAGUGAGAAGCGGGGGUUAUGCGACCCGUGUGCAGAUAUAGGAUGCCUAUCAUUGUGGCGUUGUGACUGUGUGUCCCUAUGGUGUUAUACGCUUCUCCAGGUGAGGCUCAAAAGAGAAGGAAAGAAUGCAUGAUGAACUUCUGCAAGCAGUGUCCAAGGGGUCAAUGAUGUUCAGGGACGUGUCUGUAAACUUCUCUCAGGAGGAAUGGGAAUGCCUGGACUCUGGUCAGAUGAAUUUAUACAAAGAAGUGAUGUUGGAGAAUUUCAGCAACCUGGUUUCAGUGGGACUUUCCAGUUCUAAACCGGCUGUGAUCUCCUUAUUGGAACAAGGAAAAGAGCCCUGGAUGAUUGACAGAGAACUGACCAGAGGCCUUUGUUCAGAUCUGGAAUCCAUGUGUGAGACCAAGUUAUUAUCUCUAAAGAAGAGACAUUUUAGUCAAGUAAUAUUUACCCAUGAAGACCUACCCACUUUUUUUCAGCCCACAUUUCUCAUUCCACAUCAAGAAACUAUUAAUGAAGAGAAAUCCUGUGAAUGUAAAAUAUGUGGAAAGGGCUUUAAUCAAAACUCACAGUUUAUUCAACAUCAAAGAAUUCAUUCUGCUGAAAAAAAUUAUGAAUGUAAGGAGUGUGGGAAAUCCUUUAGUCGUGGCUCACUUGUUACUCGACAUCAGAGGAUUCACACUGGUGAAAAACCCUAUGAAUGUAAAGAAUGUGGCAAGGCUUUUAGUUGUAGUUCGUAUUUUUCUCAACAUCAGAGGAUUCACACUGGUGAGAAACCCUAUGAAUGUAAGGAAUGUGGAAAGGCCUUUAAUUAUUGCUCAAACCUUAAUGAUCAUCAGAGAAUUCACACUGGUGAAAAACCCUAUGAAUGUAAAGUAUGUGGAAAAGCCUUUACUAAGAGUUCACAACUUUUUCCACAUCUGAGAAUUCAUACCGGUGAGAAACCUUAUGAAUGUAAGGAAUGUGGGAAAACCUUUACUCAACAGUCAAGGCUUAUUCAACAUCACAGAAUGCACACUGGUGAGAAACCUUAUGAGUGUAAGGAAUGUGGGAAGGCCUUUAGUAGUGCCUCAACACUUACCAACCAUCACAGAAUUCACACUGGCAAGAAACUCUAUGAAUGUAAAGAAUGUAGAAAGGCCUUUAUUCAGAGCUCUGAACUUAUUCAACAUCAGAGAAUCCAUACAGAUGAAAAACCAUAUGAAUGUAAUGAGUGUGGAAAGGCUUUUAAUAAAGGCUCAAACCUUACUCGUCAUCAAAGAAUUCACACUGGUGAGAAACCUUAUAACUGCAAAGAAUGUGGAAAGUCCUUUGGUAGUCGCUCUGACCUCAUCCGUCAUGAAGGAACUCAUAAUGGAUAAGUGAUAGUUCCUUUUGAUAAACUUGAUAGUAAUAUUUUUAAAACAAAUGAUGCAAAAAAAAAAAAACAAGGAAAAAAACUGAAGGUUCUUCCAUGUAAUAGUUUCCUAGGGCUGCUGUAAUGAAGUACCAAGUACCACAAAACAAGGUGGAUUAAAACAACAGAACUUAUUCUCUCAUAGUUUUUGAGACUUGAAACCCAAAAUCAAAGUUGUUGGCAAGUUUGGUUCCUUCCAGGGACUCAGGAAGAAUCUGUUCCACACCCUUCUCCUAGCUUUUUAUAGCAGCAAUUUUUGACAUGCCUAGGCUUAUAGAAGCAUUGCUGCUAUCUCUGCCUCCAUCUUCACACUACAUUCUCUGUGUGUCUCUGCAUCUGUUCUGUUAUACAGACACAGGUCAUAUUGGAUUAGGGCUCACCUAAUCUUAAAGGACCUCAUCUUAACUUGAUUUUAUCUGCAAAGACCUUAUUUCCAGGUACUAUCACAUUAACAUACCAGGGGUUUGGACUUCCAACAUAGUUUAACCAGUUACACUGUUAGCACUAUUUUUUCUAAUGUGUUUGUAAUUUUAUACAUAACAUUAAUCAAAUGUAUUUUUAAAUGUAUUUAAUAAUGUGAAUUCAAGGUCUAAAUUAAACCCCCUUUUCCCUCAAAAAAUUCUAUCCCCCAAAUUCCAUGUUUUAGGACCAUCUUUUCUAUUUCUGUGGCCUACAUAAUGCUACACUGUAAAUUGUGUUGCAUAGGCUGUCUUUGAAUUCAUGGUGGAAUUAUAAAUUUGUAUUUGAAGGCAGCUCUAUUCUUUUCUUCUUUUGUUAGGUUAAUAUUUUCUUGUUAAAAAAAACAGGGCACAAAGAAAAAAAGAUUUAUAAGCCUGUGAAACAGAAAUGACUUCUUUCAAAUUAUCAUAGUAUAUCCUUGCAGGCUUUAUUUAAUGUAAUCAUGACCUACAUGUUGUACCAUAACCUGCUUUUAUGCUACUGUUUAAGUACAGGUGUUUAUGUAU